UCCUUCCAUCCAAAGCCUCUCUGUCCUCUUCCAUAUCACUCACAGCCUGGCAUCUGACAGCAACAAACCUGCAGCUUUCUGCACACACACGCACACACACACACACACACACGCACCAAUCCGCCAUACAGAUCUACCAGGAGGAGGAGGAGGAAAGGAGAGGAAAGGGAGGAAGCAGCAAGCCCCACAAUCUUUCCAGAGCUGCCUUUUUAAUAUAUACAUGUCUAUUUUGUUAUUUAUUUAUUACUAUUUUCUGGCACUGUGGGUUCCUUUCAUUUGCUCCUGAUCUUGGAUGUUUGACUCAAAGCAAAGCAAGUGUUGCAACAGUUAAAUAAUAACCUAGAUCUCUGUAAAAUAAAAUAAAAACCAAACGGGUUCCUAUCAGUUAAGUGCAAAGAAGGGGGGGGGAGGCUUGGCUGGAGGGGGUGUUGGGGGAACCAGCUGAGAGAGAGCCAGAGAAAGCUAGAGAAACAAGACACACGAGCUUCCCAGGGUUCUUGGAUCUGGGGGCAGAAGUGAGAUUGGAGAAAGUAGAGCGAUGCCAAGGAGGAAACAGCAGGCACCCAAGCGGGCUGCAGGUUACGUCCAAGAGGAAGACAUAAAGGAGGAGGAAGAGGACGAUGAUGACAGUAAUUCAACAGCUCAACUUCAGGGCAGCAAUGAUACUGGCACGGAUGAAGAACAUGAAGUGGGUCCUGAGCAGAAAGGAAGCUUUAGCUACCAGAAUUCUCCAGUAAGUCAUGUAUCUAAUCAGGAUGCGGAAAAUGAGUCCCUGUUAAGUGAUGCUAGUGACCAGGUGGCAGAUACUAAAAGCAUUUGCUCUAGAGAGGUGCAGGAUCUGAAAACCAAUGCCCGCCCCAAAUCUCAGAAUGAAGCACAUGAUUGCAUGGAUAAAAUGACAGCAGUCUAUGCUAACAUACUGUCAGACUCUUAUUGGACGGGCUUAGGACUGGGUCUCAAGUUGUCUAACUCUGAGAGAAGGGGCUGUGACAAUAGAAAUGGAGGUAACAAAAGUGACUUUGAUUGGCACCAAGAUGCAUUGUCAAAAAGCUUACAACAGAGUUUACCUUCCAGACCAGUCUCCAAACCAAAUCUUUUCAGUUCAGUCCAGCUGUACAGACAAAGCAGCAAAAUGUGCGGAACUGUAUUCACGGGUGCUAGCAGGUUUAGGUGCAGGCAAUGCAGUGCUGCCUAUGACACUUUGGUAGAGCUAACAGUCCACAUGAAUGAAACUGGUCAUUACCAAGAUGAUAACCGUAAAAAGGACAAGCACAGACCUACUAGCUACUCAAAGCCCCGGAAAAGGGCCUUUCAGGACAUGGACAAGGAAGAUGCACAAAAAGUUCUAAAGUGCAUGUUCUGCGGUGACUCUUUUGAUUCCCUUCAAGAUCUGAGCGUUCAUAUGAUAAAAACAAAACAUUACCAAAAAGUGCCUUUGAAGGAGCCGGUACCUACCAUUUCUUCAAAAAUGGUCACUCCAGCAAAGAAACGUGUGUUUGAUGUUAACAGACCUUGUUCCCCAGAUUCUACAACAGGAUCUUUUGCAGAUACCUUUUCGCCUCAGAAGAAUGCAAACCUGCAGUUGUCAUCUAACAACCGCUAUGGCUACCAAAAUGGAGCCAGCUACACAUGGCAGUUUGAGGCCUGUAAAUCCCAGAUUUUGAAGUGUAUGGAAUGUGGAAGUUCACAUGACACCUUGCAACAACUCACCACUCAUAUGAUGGUCACUGGUCACUUCUUGAAAGUCACAAGUUCAGCUUCAAAGAAAGGAAAACAACUAGUACUAGAUCCCUUGGCUGUGGAGAAAAUGCAGUCGCUGUCUGAGGCACCAGCCAAUGACACCCAGGUUUCAAAACAAUCCAGCAAUGCAUCUUCAGAUGGUAUAACUCCUGCAUUGGAGCUAAAGAAAGAGAGUAAAAAAGAUAAACCUGAUGAUACAAACAAAGAUGAGAAAGUGGUAAAAACUGAAGAGUAUGAAGAUACGCUUCAGAAACCAUUGGAUCCUACAAUGAAAUACCAGUAUCUUAGGGAGGAAGAUUUAGAAGAUGGUUCAAAAGGUGGUGGUGAUAUUUUAAAGUCUUUGGAAAACACUGUCACCACAGCCAUCAAUAAAGCUCAAAAUGGAGCUCCUAGCUGGAGUGCAUAUCCUAGUAUCCAUGCAGCCUAUCAGCUCUCAGAAGGAGCAAAGCCUUCCUUACCAGUGGGUUCCCAAGUACUGCAAAUCAGGCCCACAAUUACCAAUAAAUUGAGACCCAUUGCUCCAAAGUGGAAAGUUAUGCCUCUGGUUCCCAGCUCAGCAAAUGUGGCCCAGUGCACUCGAGUGAAGAAGGAAACUGAUGACAAAGAAGUCAUACAAAAGGACUACACUAAAGAGGGCAUCCAAGCUGAAGCUGCGCCACUCUGUCAGAAUGAAGGGGGAUCUCUCCCCAAAUCUGAGGCCCCUGUAGAGCCAAAAAAGACAGAGGCAUGUCCCUUGAAGGAGGAGGAUAAACCAAAAGAAGAUGGUGAGAAAGAAAAAACAAAACCCAAGGAGUCAAUAGCAGCUUCUCUCAGCAAUGGUUGUGUUGCCACAAACCAUUCUUCUGACUUGCCUUGUGUGAAUCCACUUAGUGCCCUGCAAUCUGUAUUGAAUAAUCACUUGGGCAAAGCCACUGAGCCUUUACGGCCCCAGUCCAACUCCAGCCCCAGCUCGAGCACAAUUUCUAUGUUCCACAAACCUAACUUAAAUAUGUUGGAGAAACCCGUUUUAUCUCCUGCUCCCACCCCACCAAAGCCUGCAAGCAUUUCCAGGCGUUAUUUGUUUGAAAACAACGAUCAACCGAUAGAUCUGACCAAAUCCAAAAGCAAGAAAGCCGAGUCAGCUCAAGCACAAUCUUGUACUUCCCCUCCUCAGAAACAUGCUCUGUCUGACAUUGCUGACAUGGUCAAAGUGCUUCCUAAAGCUACUACACCAAAACCUGCUGUAUCUUCUAGGAUCCCAUCAAUGAAAUUGGAAAUGGAUGUCCGACGUUUCGAAGAUGUCUCAACAGAAGUCUCCACUCUGCAUAAAAGAAAGGGCAGGCAAUCAAACUGGAACCCUCAGCAUCUCCUGAUUUUGCAAGCUCAGUUUGCUUCCAGUCUUUUCCAAACGUCAGAAGGUAAAUAUUUAUUAUCAGACCUAGGCCCUCAAGAACGCAUGCAGAUUUCUAAAUUUACUGGACUGUCAAUGACCACCAUCAGCCAUUGGUUAGCGAAUGUCAAAUACCAACUUAGGAAAACUGGAGGAACAAAGUUUUUGAAAAACAUGGACAAAGGACACCCAAUCUUUUAUUGCAGUGACUGUGCAUCUCAGUUUAGAACCCCAUCUACUUAUAUUAGUCACUUAGAAUCCCAUCUAGGUUUCCAAAUGAAAGACAUGAACAGACUGGCUGUGGAACAGCAAACCAAGGUAGAACAAGAAAUCUCCAGAGUUUCAGUUCAAAGAUCACCUGAAACAAUAACUGGGGAAGAGGAUACAGACUCUAAGUUCAAAUGUAAGUUGUGUUGUCGGACAUUUGCAAGCAAACAUGCAGUAAAACUUCACCUAAGCAAAACACACAGCAAGUCACCAGAACACCAUUCACAGUUUGUAGCAGAAGUGGAUGAAGAAUAACUUUUAAGGACAAAUGCCUUAGUUCCAGCUCUCCAGCCCAGGCUUCCUGCACUGAGCCCGUCUCCACGCGUCACUCCACUCCUGACAUUGAACUCCCGACAACCCGGACCGAGAAGACUGCCAAAAACACUCCAGCUAUUCUUCUUCAUCCUCACUAACAAUUUGGUAAUGAAGUAUUGAUUUCCACUCCCCUGCUUAUGGACGAUAUUAGAUUUUCAUUGAUAAACUGCACUGGGGCUGUCUAGUCUCCACUGUCCCUUUUUGCUGUCACUAAAACAAAGUGCCACUGAAGUAAGAUAAUGACUGAGAACACUGAUGUACUUAUUUCAUCAAUUUGUAACACUUGACAGGAAAAAAAAAAGUAUACUUCUUCAUAGUUUAAUGUCCAAGUGUGCUACACAAGAUGCCGUCACACUGGAAGCUUUGCUUUUCAUGGUAAUGUCCAUUUCCUAUUUAUAACCCCUUUGGGAUAGUUUGUCUAAAGGAAAUGUUUCUAUUCAGUGCAGCUAUUACUGUUGCACCUGGGUUGCUCAAUCCAGUCAUUGCACUAGGGAUCAAUACAUCACAGUAAGUAGAAGAAUUAUUAAGUUAAAACAGAUUCUGAGCCAAAAAAACUCUGAACAAUGUUAAUCUUCUGUGCAAGUUGUUCAAAUAAUUAUGCUUAACCAAGUUGCUGCCAAAGAUUUGUUUAAAAUGGAUUAUUUUCAGUUUGUUUUAUUCCUCAGAUAUAUAUUUUUUUUUAAGUCUCCAUUACUGCAUAUGACAAGACAUAUGCAAUGGAGUGAUUUUUAAACAAAAGCACUAUUGUUAGAUCAUUGAGCAUUAUUAUAUAUAUAUUAUAUAUAUAUAUUUAUAUAUAUAUAUAAUAAGAACCAAAUUCAUCUCCAUUACUGUCAAUGGGGUUACUUUGGAUUUAUGCUAUUGCAAAUGAGAUCAGAAUCUGGCCUUCAUACUGUCUAUUGGGCUUGUCUAUUACUACACAAAGCACAGCUUACUUUUAACAUCAGCUGCAACCCAGUAGGGUAGGAGGGGAGGGCUUCAAUUUAAAAUUUGUUCCUGUAACUUUUUUCAUUAAAACUUCGAGGUCCCAAUUUUAAUUUGUGGAAUAUUCAUGAUAAUAAUGAGAUCUAAUUAAGACAUCCAUUAAAAGCCCGUUAAAGUUAAUUUAACGUAAAAAUUCCAAUAGAACUGUAUUAGAUUUUCUCCAUUAAAUUAACGUUAUGGAUUUUUAACGGAUGUCUUAAUUAUACGUUAUUAUUAACGGGAAUACUGUAUUACACAGAUUAAAAUCGGGUUCUGAGUCAACUCAGAAAAGCUUCCAGGAUGUUUUAAUAUUACAAACCUCACAUUACCUAGUGCACUGUAUGGAAAAUCAAGCUCGUCAGGCGCCGCUCUGUUUACUCUAGCUGAGCAAUUGCUGUACAACUAAUGCAACCUAUUACAGAUAAAUUCAUCACUGCAUUUAAAGAAUGAAUUUCCUUAUUCUCAACGGACAAAUAAGUCUGGAUCAAGAUGUAAACUGCUACUCAGUUAUAGAUGAAAGAUUUAAAGUACGCUCGGCAGAAAAUUGAGAUGUGGAUCUUUUUCAAACUCCAGGGUUUGGGGCUUUGCUUUUUAAUUAUUUUAUUUAGAUGAUCAAGGAUAAAAUAAAAAUUCAGCCAUGGCAAAAUGAAUCUAAAUAUAUUUAUUAUAUUCCUUAUUUCCAAUGCAGGGUGGGCUAUGUUGGAAUUGUUUGGGAAAUUUUGACAUGAUCCCUAAACUCAACAUCGGGGGUGGGGGGGUCCUUGUUAUUUACUUCCUAGGAAACGUGUUGCCCUUAUGCCACAUAUAAUAGCAAAUUGCUUUUUUUAUGGCAUGCAUAACCUAGAUGGGGAAAAAUAUGGCGCUUGAG